UUAUUCGACGUCGUUGUGGUUUAAGUAACAAAAUCAAAAGUCUCAUCUAGUGGUCUUUCUCUACUCCGACUAAACCAUGGAGUUGCUCUCUUCUUCACCGGCUCAGCUUCUGAGACCAAAUCUCAGCUCUAGGGUUUUACUUCCUCCACGAACAUCAAUCGCUUCUUAUCCAUUUCCUCCUCGAUUCCUACGGAUGGAUUCUCAAUCUCAGCAUCGUCAAUCUAUCUCUUGCGCUUCUUCUCCUCCCGGAGGUAACGGUUUUCCGGCGAUUACCACCGCUUCUCCAAUCGAAUCAGCUCGAAUAGGUGAAGUGAAGAGAGAAACAAAGGAAACAAAUGUAUCAGUGAAGCUUAAUUUGGAUGGUAAUGGAGUUUCAGAUAGCUCCACUGGGAUUCCUUUCCUUGAUCAUAUGUUAGAUCAACUUGCUUCACAUGGAUUGUUCGAUGUACACGUAAGAGCUACUGGUGAUAUUCAUAUUGAUGAUCACCAUACGAAUGAAGAUGUUGCGCUUGCCAUUGGAACGGCUUUGUUGAAGGCACUUGGGGAGCGGAAAGGGAUUAACCGUUUUGGCGAUUUUACAGCUCCUCUUGAUGAAGCACUUAUACAUGUUUCCCUAGAUCUAUCUGGUAGACCAUAUCUUGGCUACAACUUAGAGAUUCCAACCCAGAGAGUAGGAACAUACGACACUCAGUUGGUGGAACACUUCUUCCAGUCAUUGGUGAAUACUUCUGGUAUGACACUUCACAUUCGACAGCUUGCUGGUAAAAACUCUCAUCACAUAAUAGAGGCGACCUUUAAGGCCUUUGCAAGGGCUCUCCGACAAGCAACAGAGUCUGAUCCACGUCGCGGUGAGACAAUACCAAGUUCAAAAGGAGUCUUGUCUCGGUCAUAAGAGGUGGUGAAAAAGAGUUUCAGUCUACUGUUCUGAGUUCAUGGGAAAGGAUCAGUUUUCUUAUGUACAAUGUCAAACCUGCUGAAUCUUUGUUCAUUUGCAAAGGUCAGUGUAUUUUAAGUUCAUCUAUAUUGUGUUGUUGGAGACUGCUUUUUUACUAUCUCAGAAUUUGAUUUUGUUUUUGCUUUCACCCAAUGUACAGUAGUGUAAUCCUUGUCAGUGCACUUAGAUUGGUUAUUGUUGCUCUCACGGAUCUUAUUGAUC